AUGACGAGCCUAGCCCACAGACUGCUGGGAGGCAAGCUUGCAACCGACCUCCAGGACUUUGACUUGCGGAAGCGAUCCAUUAGCAUUGGCAGCAACCUGGGGCAUGUGGUGAAAGAUGUCUACUAUUGGGAGCCGAAGUCCCUGCGAAUUCGGACCAUCAACUGGUCCUAUGUUUUCUUGGCAGAGUACUUGCCAUAUGCAUACGGGUUUUCCAUUGCCGCUGUCGGCGUUCUCCUGGCCUACCGCCUGUACAUGUGGCGACUGGAUGAGUUGAUGCGAGUGUGGUCACUACUUCAGGACCCACUGAUGAUGCAGGUGAUCGGUGCAGCAGCGUUGAUCGUUGCGUAUGCCAGCCAGCACAAGUCGUCCAUCUACUGCUUGGAGAACAUCGUUUUUAAGCCACCAGAGGAGUGGCAGGUGAGCAGAGAAGAAGUGCUGACAAUGAUGCGCGCACAGGGCUGUUUCAACGACAGCUCCAUGGAGUUCCAGGAGCGCAUUCUGGACAACUCCGGCACAGGCGAGUCCACCCACUGGCCGCCAGGCAGUCUGCGAUCGAAGGAUGGCGUGACCAAGGGUCAAUGCGACAUGGAGGCAGCACGCGACGAAGCGCACAUAGUGAUUUUUGAGCUGGUUACCGAGCUGCUGAAGCGCACACGGGUCAAGCCGCAAAAAAUCGAUUUUCUGAUCAUCAACUGCUCUCUGUUUUGUCCGACGCCGUCUCUUUGCGCGAUGGUUUGCAACAAGUUUGGGCUGCGGCAGGACAUACGGUCGUACAAUCUCGGCGGCAUGGGUUGCUCUGCAAACGUGAUUUCUGUGGAUCUUGCAAAGCAGCUUUUGGAGAACAGGCCAGGUUCUCUGGCGCUGGUGGUCUCCACAGAGAACAUCACACAGAAUCUUUAUCGAGGAAAUCAGAAGUCGAUGCUCCUGCAGAACACCCUCUUCCGUUGUGGCGGAUGCGCCUUGAUGCUGUCAAGCCGGAUGUCUGAUUCGAUGCGGGCCAAGUACAAGCUCCUGUACACCUUCCGCACACAUCUUUCAGAUGACAAUUCCUACAACUGUGUUUUUCAGAAGGAGGACGAUGAGGGAAACAGUGGCGUGGCGCUGUCCAAGGAUCCCACAGGAUGGUGGAUGUCAGAGAAGCUGGACGGCGUGAGGGCAGUUUGGCGGAACGGAGAGUUUGGUUCACGUGGGGACAACACCUUCGCCUGCCCGGAGUGGUUCAAGAAGAAGAUGCCGAAAGGCUGUGUACUCGAUGGAGAGAUUUGGGGUGGUCGUGGUCAGUUCCAAAAGACAUCGGGCAUCGUUCGGAGUUCUGGGCGCCACAACGAAUGGGAGUUCUUGACGUACAUGGUCUUCGACUGCUUGGAGGAAGGGGGAGCCAGCAUCGAACAUAACCCUUUCGAGGCUCGGAUGGAUGCUGUGCGCCGCAUCUGUGCAUCUUCGACCGCGAAAGAUCCUGCUCUGAAGCCGGUUCCAAUGGAGAAGUGCGCAAACCGAGCGCACCUCGACUCCUCCCUGGCAGAGAUCGAAAAGCGUGGCGGAGAAGGUCUCAUGCUACGCUCCCCCGGAUCCAAGUAUGAGCACCGCCGAUCCAAGUCGUUACUGAAGGUGAAGACCUUCUACGAUGAAGAGUGUAUUGUUGUAGGACAUGCAGGUGGUACAGGCAGGGUGGCGGGGAUGUGUGGCGCUUUACUCUGUGAAACACCUGACAAGCGGCGUUUCAAGGUCGGUUCCGGUCUCAGUGAUGCGCAGAGGCGGGACCCUCCACCGUUGAAUUCCGUGAUCACGUAUCGCUACCAAGAGCUCACGCAAGACAACAUCCCCAGAUUUCCCACGUUAGUUGGCGAGCGGAGCGACAUGACGUGGGCACAGAUAUGUUCUAGCUAUGUGGCUCCUGGCUCCCGUCCAGCUUUGAAACGUGGGCUUACGGCCAUGGAUGCAAUGCAGCGGGGUACGGCAGAGGAGGAUUUAGAUGAUUUCGGCUUUGACGACAUGCUACCCCCUGUGCCGCCCGAAAAGAAGGCGCGCCUGACGCCAGCAGAGGUCCCAGCGCUGGAAGAGCGACCGGUCUGCCCAUUUGGCCGACGUUGUUAUCGGAAGAAUCCUGCCCACUUCCUCGAGUUUGAGCACCCGUGGUUGGAUGCGGAAAACGAAGCUAAGGACAUCGGCGCAGUUGCUGUGCCCAGCUUGCCCAAAACGCAAGAAACGAGCCCCGUCCCAUCGGGAGCUGCGAGCCCAGCACCAGAGCCCAGGCCCUUCGUUGACGUGCAGGCAGAGGCUCUGCCUGAGCGCACCUGGACCAAAGAUCCGGAUAUGCGGAUGGUGGCAGUCCGGAACCUCUUGUCGAGCAUGCUUGAAGAUGCUGAGAUGCCGGAGGCACGAAAGCACCUCCAGCAGAUGUUGGACUUCGCGGACUCCGUGCCGGCUUCCGUGCCGGCAUCCGUGCCGGCAUCCGUGCCGGCAUCCGUGGCGCCGCCGGCACCGGCGGCACCGGCGGGGACAGGAGGAGAUAGUCGGGAGCGGCCGCGGAGCCUCGCCUCCGCACUGCUGUCCACCACCACCUCGGAAGCGCUGUUUGAGGUGCCCUUUCUCGAGGCGCUCGGCAGCGCGAGCCCAGUGCCGGCGGUGCCGGCGGUGGUGCCGGCAGGGCCGCCGGGGCCUGCGGCAGCCUCCGCCAGCUCGGCAGCUGUGUCAGAGCGACCCAAGGAGGAUCCGCAGUCGAAGCUGGCAGGCGAACUCACCACCAUGGGCUUCCCAGAGGAAGGAAUCCGUGAGGCCCUGCUACACUGCAGCACCGCAGACGAAGCAGACAUCGUGAAAGUGGCCGGCAGAGCAAUGCGGCAGAACUUUGUGCAGCUUGGCCCUCAUGUGCUGCCACUACGAGAGCAGGCGAAGGUCUUGUGCAACCAGUUCGUCAUGAGGCUCGUCUCACAGGCGAAGAAGAGGAGCUGGCCCUUUGCCGGCCGGCUAAGUGUUCCGCAAGGCUACACUCCUAACUUCAGCAAAGGCAUCUUGGCCAAUCCAUUUGGGCUGCAGUCGAUGGGGUUUGCGGGUACUGCUUGA